CACAUUCACAGUUCCGAUUGAUCGAUUUCCGGGAACUGAAAGUGCCCGGAUAUUCGAGUACAAAUCGGCCAUAUUUGUUUACAUGAUCAUUAUCAGAGCGUAGCAGUCCUUUGUUAUUUAAAGUUUAUUGUCAUAAUACAAUGAGAAAAUGGAUGAUUUAAGUGAUAUGACACUUGAUAAGUUUAGACUGUGGUCUGUACAUGCAUUGAAAGUGUUUUUAUCGCACAGAAAACGGUCAGUGAAUGGAACAUUCGACGAACUCUCAGCAAGAGCAUUUUGUGUUUGGGAAGAAAAUCUGCCGGUAGAUGAGAAAGCAGAACAAGCCGAACAACGACUGCUACAGGAGUACAAGGCUAAACUCCAUGUGGAUAAGGAAGUUGUUCCAGAUCCAUUUUCCUUGAAAGUCGGGUGGAAAGGGGAGAAAACUGGCAUGAGAUUGUGGCCGCCAGUAUAUAUUACAGACAUUUCAGCCUAUCUGAACUGCUCUACUCCAAAGGAAGUAAUCCAUCGUAUUUUAAACGAGUAUAAACAGGGAAAAGCAUAUAGGUACUUUGAAAACAAGUGGGUUAAAGAGGUGUUUGUUCAUGAAAUUAGAGAAAAUAGUGACAAGUGUAUCCUUAAGACUAAGGUAACUCCGUCCAUGUCAAUAAACAGCAAAGCAUAUGAUGUUUGGGCAGUUAUUCGGAAAGACACUCAGCAAACACCUGGCGGGGAAAUACUUUCAGCAUAUUGUACAUGUACUGCUGGAAUGUUGGGAACCUGCAACCAUGUUGCAGGAAUGCUAUUCAAAAUAGAACACGCCACAAAAACCGGUGAGACCUCAAAGACUUGUACUGACCGGCUGUGUGAAUGGAAUGUAGCCAAAGCAAAACCGUCAAAAAAACCUGUGAAAGCUGGGGAGGUUACUUGGAGAAAGGGACACUACAGUAAAAGUGCCAGGGAUCUUCAAGUUGAAAAAGAAAAGCAUGUGUUGAAAAAAGAAUUCACUCCCCUCACGAAAGACCAGUCAGAUAAUCUUAAAAAUCAGACAAAAGCCCGUGAUGAUCUGUUCACACUGUUGAAAGAUGAUAUCUCCAAUUCAUGUUUUUCCUUGUUACAUGAGAAGAAAAGGGUCCCUGCUCCGAAACAGAAUAUACCUCCUUCAUUGUUAGAUAUUGCGAAGGAACUUAAACCAACAGAAAGUGUUUCGCCAAAAACGUUCUUGAGUAAGAUUGAACUAACCAGUGAACAAUGUGACACAUUAAGGAAAAUAACAGUAGAGCAGUCGUGUUGCGAAACUUGGAAGGAGCAACGUAAGGGCAGAAUAACAGCCAGUGUUUUUCAAAGAGUAAGCAGCAGGGUGGACACACUUCGGAAGGACAGCACAGCCGACCCAUCUGCUUUAGUGUCCGCAGUACUUGGUCGCAAAGAGACAUACCCAACAAAAGCCAUGAAACAUGGCUUAUCCCUGGAAAACCAAGCAAAAAAGUCAUACUCUAAUGACAUGAAAAAGGUCCACAGAAAAUUUAAAUCGAGUGAUUCUGGUCUGAGUGUGUAUGUUGAAAAGCCAUUUAUAGCUGCAAGUGCGGAUUUAGAGGUAGAAUGUGACUGCUGUGGAAAAGGUCUGUGUGAAAUUAAAUGCCCAGAAACUAUUAAAGACACUGUACCAACUACUGAAAAUGUAAAAUAUUUGAGUGUUGAAAAUGGGCAGCUAGUGCUGGACCAAAAACAUCCUUACUACUACCAAAUACAGGGCCAAAUGAAGGUCCUAGACAGAAACUACUGUGACUUCUUUGUAUACACUGUUCAUGGAAGCCUAUGCAUGCGUGAAACUUUCAAUAAUGACUUUUGGCAGGACUUAGAGCAAAAGCUGACAUGGUUUUGGCUGACUCAUGUAUUCCCAGCACUUACAAAUGGUGAUGAAGAAAGUGACUGUGAAAGUAAAGAAAAUCAGGCAAAGACUCCAACUAAGCCAUUAAUUCCGUCCAGUGUAUGCCGCGCUCUAACAGAAAUAACUUUACCACAAUCAAAGAAGCCAUGUGUGCAGAUGAAGAAGCGCCGUAAAACCACAAAGAAAACCCCCAUAUAUUUAUGUGGAAUUUGUGGAUGUGACUGUGUGGAUGAUCCCCAAACUGAUGCUGACCAAUCUGUAAAUUGUGAUGGUUGUUAUGUGUGGGUUCAUUAUAUAUGUGCAGGUGUGACAGACAAAACAUUGCAAACACUUGACAAAUGGUUGUGUACAAAGUGUAAACCAUGUCUGAAAAUGUGAACUGUCUUACAUAAAUAGUGCUGGUACAAAGAUUAAGAAACCGGAAUAUUAGAUAAGUUUGUGUAGUUGCUACAUUGUACAUGAAUCUAGUCAAUACUGUCUAAAGGUUGCAAUUUCAGAUGUGUAUAUGUGAAAUAAAUAGCUUGACAUUAUGUAAUCAAAAGCAGCAGAUGAAUUUGUUGAAUAUGUUUAUUCACAUAUAUAAGUAAUGUCUUUCAAACAAACUACAUACAAUUUUAACCCUUGGAUAAAAUUUGGCAGUUCUUAACUUCCUUUUAUUCAGUGCUUUUAUUAGUCUAGUGAUACAAAUACUAUUUAAAAUCUUACCAAUGAACAAAGUUGUAAAUGCAAAAUGUGCUGUAUGAUUAUCUAUAUCAAUAAAUUAAUGUGCUCUGUAUUUUAUGCAAAGUGUCAAAAUUGCACAUCUGUAAGCUGAUGUAAAUAGAUAAUUUUGAAAAGUUCAGUUAUUUUGAAAGAAUCUGCAAAAUCAGCUUGAAAUCAAUUAAUCGACUGCUAGAAUGAAAAUGAUGUUUUUCUUUAAUUAGCAGAAACAUAGCGCGGGUCAAUGCAAGAUAAAAACAAUUUGUGACGUCAUUAGCCCGUAUCAUGCUGGACACGACUGAUUCUGCCUUUGGCCAGUGUAGAUCAUGAUCAGCCUGCACAGCCGUGCAGUCUGGUCAAGAUCUGCACUGUUUGCCAUUCAGUCAGUAUCUUUUCAGUAAGCACCCCUUAUAUAAAUUUAGCAGGGUAAGGGUUUUAAAGAACGAUUGGCGGUUUUGCAAAAUUGAAACCAGUUUCACCUAGUAAUCGAAUCGGUGCGAGUUAUCUUUUCAGUCCUAAAUUUUCCAUCAGAUUAAAGCGCAUGUUUACCUGCUGUAACUGUUGUGAUUUUUUUUAAUAAAAAUCUACACCGUCUACACCGUAAAAAACUAUUGUAAUUCCCA